AUGCUUACUAAUGCUAAGAUGUACCUCCCAUCAACACAUCUGAAUGUCACCAAACUGACCUUGCUUAAAUCUAAUAGACUAACAAAUACAACCUUUGCUGAGAUGGACGACGAUGGUUCUUUGGAUUUCCCCAUUGGUCGCCACGUUUGGGAGUUUUCACAUGGAUUCUGUGGUCGCGAGAAGCUGGAAGAGCAUUCCCUCACACUCUCGCAGUGCCAUGAAAACGUUGAAUUCACUUGCGACGAUGGAACCUGCAUCAGUAUGGAGGAGGUCUGUGACCGGCGAACACAGUGUGAUGAUCGAUCAGACGAAAUUGACUGUUCGACAGUCGAGCUCCCACGAGGAUAUCAGUCCACCCUCCCACCCCCCAGCCCAAGUACAGUUUCUGCUCUACCUGUAUAUCUCAACAUUAGUCUCAGGUUGGCAUUUGUACGUUUGAUUUUAUCACGGGCAAAGAAAUCAUUAAGAUAA